GUUAGCGCUGACUACAGCGGAUGACUCCGGCUCCCUGCUAUUUCAGAACUCUGUCCCGAACUGCAGGGCUUCGGUGACGGGACACAGAAUGUGAAUGAACAGAACGACUCUGGAAGCUGCUACAGGAUCAGAACAUGAGGAUGGAGAGAGCAGCAGGUGUCCAGUCAGAGACGGCCAGCGUUUCUGAGCCACGAUUGCGCUUUGAUGUUCAACCAGGACAGAGAGGAACUAUCUUUAUCUCCUUCAAGCCCCUGAGGCCUUCCUGUUGUUAAAUGACCUUUUCCUUGGAUCCCAGCACCUGGAUCUGCUGACCGUAAAUUAGGAUCUGGAAACCGGAGGACCAGACAUGCAGACUUUAAUGGGUGCUCUGACGCUGCAGUCAUCCUACGCCACUCUUCUCCUCCACAGUGACCAGUUUUCAUCACCAGCAAAGGCAAACAAGUCUGACUGCUAAGAAGUAUAUUAUAUAUUUACUGUUCAUUUUGUUAUCCUGUUUGUACUCACAAUAAAAUUUUAUCUCUUGCAAUAUUCUGCCCAAGAGGAACAUGUCUUACAUCGUUCGUCAUCCACUCGCACAUUUAUACACUGAAAUGCAAUUUGGGGUUAAGUGCUUUGCCCAGAGGCACAUCGACAUGUGGCAGAAGGAAGCUGGAAUCGAACCUACAACCUUCCGACUGCAAGACAGUCGCCCAAUCAACUGAAACGGGAGCAUCAAAACAAACUGUCUCAACCAAAAACUUCUGACAUGCACAAAUAAAAGUUUAUGUUCUGUAAAUAACUUUUUCACUUCUUCAAACAAAAAUCUGUGAUUUUAAUAAACAAAAAGCUUCUUAUUUUUUUCCUUUAAUAUUACAAUUCAAAAAGUUUUGACCAGUUUCAUUUUUUUUCCAAAUACAAACGUUUUGAUUACAAUUCUAUUUUUUGGAUUCAAUAAUUGUGAAACAAAUUUAACUCUAUAAAAAAGGUUUAAUAAUCUAAUAAGUUAAGGAGCCAGGCAGUUGGACCAUUACACGUCAUUUACCCAGAAUGCAUUGCAGUGUGAAAAACAUGGCGACAUUCCUGUGAAAAUAUAAAAAUUUAUAAAAACUAAAUAACCUACAGCAUUAUUACUGAUAAAUAUUUCCCAAAUAAAGAAGCUGCAGCAGGAGACAGCAGCAUGGGUGAUCAUGACAUCACAGUCCGCGCCCCGGCGUCCGUCCUCCACCCUCUGAUAAGACCAAACCUUUGAGCCGUUGAUAAGCAGCAGCCGACCCGUCGGACCUCGGCCCAGACGAGCGGAGGAACGACCAAGAGGACAGGAGGAAACUUGACUGCUUCACCAGGCGGAAUGGACACAACUGGCAGAACUGGGGCCGCCCAGGUCCAUCAGCAGGUCCGGCCGGGUCCAGAGGCAUCCAGGUCCGAGUCUCUGUGGAUGUUGUAUUCUCGGCGGCGCCGGAAGCAGCAAAGCAGCGUGUUGACAGGUGUUCACCUGGAGGCCAGGUACACGGGUCUGGCAGAGGAAGACGAGACAGACACGACUACCAAACUCCAGAAACACCUGGACAAAAAACUGCUGGACCACUUCAGACAUCUGGCAGCCAGCAACCAGGACACCGACCAGGUGGACCUCCAGUUUCUGGACGAGGUGAUCUCAGACGGUGCCGACCCAAACUGCUCAGACAGAUAUGGACAGACCGUCCUUCAUGAGGUGUCCAGAGCGUGGAGCGUAGAUGUGAUGCGGUUCUUCUUGGACCGCGGAUCGGACCCGCAGGGCUCGGAUCAGUUCGGAGUCACGGCGCUGCAUGUGGCCUCAGCCCUGGACUACGAGGACAUGGUCCAGUUCCUGCUGGACCGGGAAGCCGACCCGAGCGCCAGGACUCUUCUGGACCAGCAGACCCCUCUUCACUAUGCCGCCAAGAACGACGCAGUCCGAUCCAUCAGGCUGCUGCUGCGGGCCGGCGCCGCCAUCGGCUGCACCGACUACAAGCAGCGGACGCCGCUGCAGCUCGCAGCCAGCAUGGAGCGCAGUGAAGCAGCUCAGGUGCUGCUGGAGCUUGGAGCAAGCGCUGGGGUCAAGGACUCUGACGGUCAGCUGUGCAUCUCUGCUCUGAUUGGUCGGAUGAGUCAUGUGGCUCAGGAGGCGCUCCGUCAGUUCCACGUGACGGACAGAGUGACCAGACAGGAGUAUUUCUACCUGAACCUGCUGGAACCAGAGGCUGGCACACCUGGGGACCCAUCAGGUGCAGGAAUCAGUGAACCAACCACCCCACUGCAAGUUGUGGUUCUGGAGGGGAAACUGGACCUCAUCAUGAAUCCCGUCUUUCUCAAGCUCAUUGAGAUCAAAUGGAAACUGUAUGGCAGGUUGGGGGCGUGGAUUCUCCUUGUCCUCAACUUUCUGCUCAAUGUCUGUUGGACGACUGUGGCCAUUUCUAUGUCUGCCUGCCAAGACUCACCUUAUCGCUACACCUUUCCGCAGGACUGGUGGCGUGUUCUGCUGGUGGUGCUGGCGCUCCUGCUGACCCUGGAGGAGGUGUUCAGGGAGAUCCAGGACAUUGUGUUGUCGAGGAGGAAGCUCCACCUGCGACGGAGGUGGGUGGAGCAGCGUUUCCAGGACGACCUGCGCUGCUCACAUCCCAUGUGGCCUCAGGAGAGACAGUAUCUUCUGAAUCAGACCAGCAGGAUCUGCAGGAUGAAGGGCAACUACAGCCGGGACUGCUGGAAUGUCUUUGAUUGGCUGGUCUACUCUCUGCUGACGGCUUCCUUCUGCGCUCACUUGGCCGACGUGUUGCAGCCGUCCGUCUUCCUGUACACGCUCAGUCUGCGCCUCUUCUCCAUGUCCAUCAUCUUCCUCUGGCUGCGACUCAUGAAGCAUGUCCGAGCCUUCAGGUUGAUGGGGCCCUUCAUCGUCAUGCUGGGGAACAUUGUCGGGGAUGUGAUGUGCUUCCUGUUCCUGUAUGCUGAGAUCUUCAUCCCCUACGCCUGCAGCUUCUGGAUCAUAUUCGGAGGAACGUCCUCCGUUCCCAGCAUGCAGUCUGUUUCAGGUCUACUCUACAGCCUUUACCGGAUCACUCUGGUGGACGAGUACGAGUAUGCUGCCAUGGUAACUGUGGACAACAUCAUGGCUCCUCUACUGUGUGGAACAUUCCUGGCAGCGUCCUCCAUCUUGUGUAUCAACCUCCUGAUUGCACUACUAACUGACACCUUCCAGAGGGUGCAUGAUAAUUCCCAGGCUAACGCCGUGAUGCAGCAGGCCGCUGUCAUCCUGCAGGUGGAAGACUCCAUGCCCCGCCUCCAUCAUUUCUAUGACAACCAGUACAUCUCCAAGCACUGCUCUCCACUGGGCGAGGCCUGCGAUAACAUCUCAGUGAGCUCCUGUUACCACCAUGAGUUUGCACAUGUCACAGGACAGGUUAUGGAGACUCUGGACCAGUUCCUGGUCCUUCAGAGGGACGUGGAGGCAGCCAGCAGUUCAAGAUUCCCAACAGAACAACACCAGCAAAACCAACAGCUUCAUGAGCUUCAAGACCUCCCCAUCCAAGAGUCUCAAAUGCCUCAGAAACAGAAGCUUCAGGGACCAAAAAAGCAUCGCAACCAGGGCCAGGAGAGCCUAGAAAGACAGAACCAGCAGGUUCAAGAUCCCAAGAACCUGCAACAGGAGCUCCAGGCCGUUCAGGCAGAGCUGAAGGAGCUUCGAUCUUUGGUCCAGCAGCUGGUCCAGAUCAGGAAUGACUAAUUUGAUACCAGCUUGAACCUGGUAUCUAGUCUAUGACCUGAUGAGCCACGAAGGUCCAUGUGGACUUAUUGACUCAAAUGUUCUUGAUUUCAAAUGACCAAUAUAGACUGAAUGAAGACAAUGCCACAUGAUGAAUUUUGAAGUUUGACUUAUGAGGUAAUACUUAAGUUAAAGAAUUACCUUAUUCAGUCCCCUAUUAGCGACUGAAUAGGGGAAUCAUUUAUUGACGCGCCAGCUGAUCAAAACUUAAAUCCAAGCUGCAGUUAAGAUGAUUUUAUUUUCCUCAAUAUCAUCAAAAAUCCAAGGCAGAACAUCAGUGGAUAGCAGACAUUCAUGUCCAAAAGCAGCAUUAAAUAAAAUACAACUGACUUCCUGUUGGAAGUGGGCGGGGAUAAGAUGAUGUCAUCAAUUGAACAUGACAUUGCGAUCAGGACUGCUCUGUAGGAAGACACAGGAAGUCUGAUGCAGCUGUGAUGUAGCAUUUGGAAUUUAUUGAUCCUUGAUGUUUCGUGGCAAAUAGUCAAAGUUUGACACAUAGCCACGCCCACAUGCUUUGAUGUACGAGAAUUCCUUUGACAACUUUCAACCUUUGAUGUCUCAAGUGUGUGCUGAGUGAUUUUGAAGUCUGUAUCUGAAACACUGUAGAAGAAGUUCGAUCAGAUGUGACGUCUAUAAUAAAGAAAAUAACAGGUUUUA